AUGGAGAGAGUCAUGGAAAGAGGGAGAGAGAGCGACGGUGCGACAAGUGAAGGAGAGAGAGAAGGGUAUGUUGAUAUUGUCAGUCAGACAGCAGGCUCCAGCCAAAGCCCUUCUAUCUCUAUCUCAGUGUAGAAAUCAAGGCAACAGGGGUGCUGCUGGGCAGGGGGGCUGCUGCCUCUCCUUCCUAUCCAGACUGAGGAACAUCAUCAUUAGUGCUGUGCUCUACCAUGGCCCUGCUGUAGAAGCCAUGCAGUGCUGCCUCACUAGAGGAACGCCCACGCUAGAACUGCACCAUUCAUCUAGCCUCUCAAACGCUGGCAGGGAGUAAAACAUACUGUUGUUUUUUUGUCCUUACCAAGUAUGAUUUACAUCAUGCUCGGAUUUGAGUUUGAUUGAUAGAUUUAGUUCAGGGGGUUAGGAUAGUAUAACAUUUUAAAUGAGGUUUUUAUGGGACCCAAAGAUGAGGAUAAACUCUAUUUGAAUUUCAUCUAAUAAAAACUGUAGCUACCUACAGAUGUGCUAUCUUAAUCAUGCAGCAACAGGAAAUGUGAAUUCAUUUACAUUUACAUUUUAGUCAUUUAGCAGACGCUCUUAUCCAGAGCGACUUACAGGAGAUAUGUGCAUUAUAAUUAAUAUAUAUUUUUGUAGGGGUAAAUACAUUUUUCGUCAAGUCUGAAAUGUUAAACUGGAAAUUACAACCUUUAGAAGCCUUUUUAAACCUUGAGGUUGAGAGCUGGACCCGUGCUGGUCUCCAGCUCUAGUCUCCAAUGAGCUGUAGCCAUUGAUCUGAACAAAUGAGCCCAGAGUUAAUUAUAUGUAUGAGCAGAGUAGCAGUGUAAGACACACUGGAGACACACAGCUCACCAUUCAUCCUCUAAGAGUUAUGUCUGGUAGCAUCAAACAGGAGUGCUGCUCUUAAUUUGGGGGCCUCCCCCCCACCCCCCCUCCCAGUGACUGCUGCUCCAGCAGCCUGCAUGCCAGUGAGGGAUCAAUAAAAGGAGAUAGCACUAAUGAUGGCAUUAAUAAUGAAUCAUCUGCAAUGGGUCCAUCCAGAGUCCCAUGCCAGCUAUCGUUUAAUGGGACAGAUUGGAGAAUCAUUUUGUAUCAUAGUAAUGGACAGUGAGAGGGUGUGAGAGGGUGUGUGGGAGACAGGGUAGCGAAAUAUCAGAUCACUGAUCACUAUAGAGGUAUCAGUUGGAGAGGUUCGUUUGCGUGUGUUAUGAUCCCAGAAGUAUAUUUCAGCCCCUCCAUGUGUGUAGUCAGGACUGUAAUGAUACCAUAUCACAUUUUACAAUACAUAGUAAAUGUGAGUAAUAGUUCUAGCUUAGUAAACGUAUGAUGUCAGGGUAUGAGGUCACUAUCUGAUCUCCUAGCUCAACUCUUAAUCUCGCCCCCGAUCUCGGUCCCGUCUGAUGUCACUAGAAAGAUGAGACAUAAAGCUUGCUUUGGUAAUGGUCCCAAUGAUUCACAAAGGAGGCAGAUAAGCAACUUCCCAUUUGAAUAUCACCUGUUGUUUGAAGUCCCAGCAUUUCACAGAAGAAAAUCAAUAGCUAGCAUCGUGUAUAUAUAAUGAUGAGUGUAAAUUAUCCUCUUUCUCAUAAUAUCAAAUCAAAGUUUAUUGGUUGCGUACACAGUUUAGCAGACGUUAUAGUGGGUGCAACGAAAUGCUUAUGAUACUAGCCCCUAGCAAUGCAGUAAAAUGUCAAAAGUACACAAAUAAUCAAAAAUUAAGAAAUCUUGAAAUGUCGGAACGAAUCCAAUUAACAACCCAAAUAGCACUGUAACAGUAAUCCAAAUGCAAUCUAUAUGUACGUAUGAUUUAAUAAGUGACUGUUAUCGAUAUAUAACAUACACUACCAGUCAACAGUUUGGACACACCUACUCAUUCAAGGGUUUUUCUUUAUUUUUACUAUUUUCUACACAGAAUAAUAGUGAAGACAUCAAAACUAUGAAAUAACACAUAUGGAAUCAUGUAGUAACCAAAAAAGUGUUAAACAAAUCAAAAUAUAUUUUAGAUUUUAGAGUCUUCAAAGUAGCCACCCUUUGCCUUGAUGACAGCUUUGCACACUCUUGGCAUUCUCUCAACCAGCUUCAUGAGGAAUGCUUUUCCAACAGUCUUGAAGGAGUUCCCACAUAUGCUGAGCACAUGUUGGCUGCUUUUCCUUCACUCUGCGGUUCAACUCAUCCCAAACCAUCUCAAUUGGGUUGAGAUCGGGUGAUUGUGGAGGCGAGGUCAUCUGAUGCAGCACUCCAUCACUCUCCUUCUUGGUCAAAUAGCCCUUACACAGCCUGGAGGUGUGUUUUGGGUCAUUGUCCUGUUGAAAAACAAAUGAUAGUCCCACUAAGCGCAAACCAGAUGGGAUGGCGUAUCGCUGCAGAAUGCCGUGGUAGCCAUGCUGGUUAAGUGUGCCUUGAAUUCUAAAUAAAUCACUGACAGUGUCACCAGCAAAGCACCCCCACACCAUCACACCUCCUCCUCCAUUCUUCACGGUGGGAACCACACAUGCGGAGAUCAUCCGUUCACCUACUCUGCAUCUCACAAAGACACGGCGGUUGGAACCAAAAAUCUCACAUUUGGACUCAUCAGACCAAAGGACAGAUUUCCACCGGUCUAAUGUCCAUUGCUCGUGUUUCUUGGCCCAAGCAAGUCUCUUCUUCUUAUUGGUGUCCUUUAGUAGUGGUUUCUUUGCAACAAUUCGACCAUGAAGGCCUGAUUCACGCAGUCUCCUCUGAACAGUUGAUCUUGAGAUGUGUCUGUUACUUGAACUCUGUGAAGCAUUUAUUUGGGCUGCAAUCUGAGGUGCAGUUAACUCUAAUUAACUUAUCCUCUGCAGCAGAGGUAACUCUGGGUCUUCCUUUCAUGUGGCGGUCCUCAUGAGAGCCAGUUUCAUCAUAGCGCUUGAUGUUUUUUACCAAAUAGGGCUAUCUUCUGUAUACCACCCCUACCUUGUCACAACACAACUGAUUGGCUCAAACGCAUUAAGGAAAGAAAUUCCACAAAUUAACUUUUAACAUGGCACACCUGUUAAUUGAAAUGCAUUCCAGGUGACUACCUCAUGAAGCUGGUUGAGAGAAUACCAAGAGUGUGCAAAACUGUCAUCAAGGCAAAUGGUGGCUACCUUGAAGAAUCUCAAAUAUAAAAUAUAUUUUCAUUUGUUUAAAUCACUUUUUUGGAUACUACAUGAUUUCAUAGUUUUGAUGUCUUCACUAUUAUUCUGCAAUGUAGAAAAUAGUAAAAAUAAAGAAAAACCCUUGAAUGAGUAGGUGUGUCCAAACUUUUGACUGGUACUGUAUGUCAAGAAUCCAGUAUACAAAUAAAUAUGUGGUGUGUGCAUAAACAGUGUAACUAAAAUGCAAUGUACAGUAGUAAAAAUAAGAAUGUAAAUGUAUAUGUAUUUGAAUGGUGUGUAUAGACAGUAUAUGGUCAGUAUGUGAAUAGAAAAGGUGUGUACAAGUAGGGCAACAGGCUCUAUGGUUCAGGGUUGAGUACCGGGUGGUAGCCGGCUAUCAUAUUUACAUUUACAUUUACGUCAUUUAGCAGACGCUCUUAUCCAGAGCGACUUACAUUAUUCUUUUUUUUUUUCUUUUUUUUCAUACUGCCCCCCCUGGGAAACGAACCCACAACCCUGGCGUUGCAAACGCCAUGCUCUACCAACUGAGCUACCUCCCUGCCGGCCAUUCCCUCCCCUACCCUGGACGACGCUGGGCCAAUUGUGCGCCGCCCCAUUGGUCUCCCGGUUGCGGCCGGCUACAGCAGAGCCUGGAUACAAACCAGGAUCUCUAGUGGCACAGCUAGCACUGCGAUGCAGUGCCUUAGACCACUGCGCCACUCGGGAGACACAACAAUAUUCACUGGACAUGGUGAUUGCUGUAUAGAGGAGUCCAGUCAGUCAGUUUAUUCUGAUUCAGUGCUGGUAUUCCUGAUUGUCUUGACUGGACAUGGUGAUUGAUGUAGAGAUGGGUCUUGUCUGUUCUGAGUCUUACCCACUCAGUCUAAAUAUGAACAUAUGAAUGACAAGCUUGAUCAGCCUGCCUGCGGCCUGUGCUGUGUAGAGACUAAAGCCUUCCUCAGAGGCAGGCAGCAGUGGGUUCUUACACACUGAGUGAGCUGAAUAAAUGUCUCAUUCUGGCACACUUUGUGCCCAUAGAGAAUACUGGCCCUUUUAAUUGUUACCCCUAUUGAUUUUCACUAUGCUACUCUGUGUGAUAUUCUCCCAACUUCAUGACCCUUGACCCAUCUCUCUACAUCUAUGUAGAGUAGCUCUCUCUCUCAUGCACACACACAGAAACUCACACACACAGGCACACACUGGCACAUACACACACAUUCAAAUACACACGCAAAGGCUCAUACACACUCAUAUACACACAUGCAGGCACACACCUGUGCAUGCACACACACACCUGAAGAGAGGCUCAAGGACUCACAAACACGCAUACACACACACUGUCGUUGGCAGAAUGGCAGUAGCUUGCUUCUCUCUCUGCUUGCCUGUCGGCCCACAGUGUAAGUGUUGUAUGUGCUAAGCUGGUGUGUAGGACGUCAGUGUGCUGAGUGUCUCUAUAAAGAGACUGUGUAAAGCUCCUGAACCUGAAGAAAUCAGCCAUGUGUUUUCCCCCUCUCUCUCAUCUCUACUCCUCCUCAUUUAGAGGCUACCUGUAUGCUCUGGAGAAACAGAGUUGAGAAACAGAGAGGUGCACAGCUCAGGAUGAUUCUUACAUUAAUGGAUGGGGAGUGUAUAGGGAAAUAGGGCUUCUUAAUUUCCUGCACUAAUGUGUUAUCAUUUACACACAUGUGUCACGUUUCUUUUGUCGUAGUAUGCCUCUAUUCCAAAAAAAUACUUGCCAAUUUCCGGGGGUCUGUACUCCCAAAGUUGUUGACUGUUUUUGUGCUUGCCAGUUAGCUAGCAGAUCAAAUCAAAUCAAAAUCAAAUCAAACCACAAUUGUAUGUGUCGAAUACAACAGGUGUAGACCUUACCGUGAAAUUCUUACUUACAAGCCCUUAACCAACAAUGCAGUUUUAAGAAAAAUAAGAGUUAAUAAAAAUAUUUACUAAAUAAACUAAAGUAAAUAAUAAAAGAGCAACAAUAAAAUAACAAUGACGAGGCUAUAUACAGGGGGUACCGGUACCGAUUCAAUGUGCGGGGUACAGGUUAGUCGAGGUAAUUGAGGUAAUAUGUGGGGGGGGGGGGGGGGGGGUCAAUGCAUAUAGUCCAGGUAGCCAUUUGAUUAGCUGUUCAUCAGUCUUAUGGAAUGGGGGUAGAAGCUGUUAAGAAGCCUUUUGGACCUAGACUUGGCGCUUCGGUACCGCUUGCCAUGCAGAAGCAGAGAGAACAGUCGUUGACUAGGGUGGCUGGAGUCUUUGGCAAUUUUUAGGGCCUUCCUCUGACAACGCCUGGUAUAGAGGUCCUGGAUGGCAGGAAGCUUGGCCCGAGUGAUGUACUGGGCCGUACGCAGUACUCUCUGUAGCGCCUUGCGGUCGGUGUGUUGCCAUACCAGGCGGUGAUGCACCCAGUCAGGAUGCUCUCGAUGGUGCAGCUGUUUAACUUUUUGAGGAUCUGAGGACCCAUGCCAAAUCUUUUUUGUCUCCUGAGGGGGAAUAGGCGUUGUCGAGCCCUCUUCACGACUGUCUUGGUGUGUUUGGACCAUGAUAAUUUGUUGGUGAUGUGGACACCAAGGAACUUGAAGCUCUCAACCUGCUCCACUACAGCCCCAUCGAUGAGAAUUAGGGCGUGCUCGGCCCUCCUUUUCCUGUAGUCCACGAUCAUCUCCUUUGUCUUGAUCACGUUGAGGGAGAGGUUCUUGUCCUGGCACCACACUGCCAGGUCUCUACCACCGUUGUGUCGUCGGCAAACUUAAUGAUGGUGUUAGAGUCGUGCUUGGCCACGCAGUCAUGGGUGAACAGGGAGUACAGGAGGGGACUAAGCACACACCCCUGAGGGGACCCCGUGUUGAGGAUCAGCGUGGCGGAUGUGUUGUUGCCUACCCUUACCACCUGGGGGCGGUCCGUCAGGAAGUCCAGGAUCCAGUUGCAGAGGGAGGUGUUUAGUUCCAGGGUCCUUAGCUUAGUGAUGAGCUUUGUGGGCACUAUGGGGUUGAACGCUGAGCUGUAGUCAAUUAAUAGCAUUCUCAUGUAGAUGUUCCUUUUGUCCAGGUGGGAAAGGGCAGUGUGGAGUGCAAUAGAGAUUGCGUCAUCUGUGGAUCUGUUGGGGCGGUAUGUAAAUUGGAGUGGGUCUACGGUUUCUGGGAUGAUGGUGUUGAUGUGAGCCAUGACCAGCCUUUCAAAGCACUUCAUGGCUACUGACGUGAGUGCUACGGGUCGGUAGUAAUUUAGGCAGGUUACCUUGGUGUUCUUGGGCUGUUAGCAGCCAAUGGCUAGCAGUUUCUUACUGGCGAUAAAAACUGAUGAUUGCCAUAAUGUUUCAAGUCAUUACUGAACUAUUUAAUGAAACUAAUCAAACAUUAAACCUUGUAAACAAUUCAUGGUAAUUCAUGGUAACCUCGUAAACAAUUAAUUUAAACUCAGCAUUUAUUUGAAACAGGUGUUUAUUUAAAAUGUGUUUAAAGGGACAGGUGGCUUUUUGAAGCUCUGCGUUUCAUUUAAGUUUUACGGUAGUUAUCAUAUGGGAUAAAACCCACCAACCAUCUACCUAUCACAUGACCCAACCUUACACUCCUCUCUAACACUCCUCUCUAACCUAAUUUAGUGGAGAGUGGUGGUGUUGGCUGUUAACCUUCAGCUCAACUUGUUUGUUAGGAGAAGAGAGUUUGAGAGGGUGUAGAGGGCACAUGAGGUGAGGCAAGAGGGGAGGGGAGCAGGAGGGGGAGGAGAGGAGGCAGAGGAACACUCAUCCAGUUUGCAUGGUGGAUUAUAAAGGGACUCUCUGGCUCAGUCUGCCAUCUCUGCCCCCACCUUAUCACACCACAGCUCUUCUCUCUCUCUCUCUCUCUCUCUCUCUCUCUCUCUCUCUCUCUCUCUCUCUCUCUCUCUCUCUCUCUCUCUCUCUCUCUCUCUCUCUCUCUCUCUCUCUCUCUCUCUCUCUCUCUCUCUCUCUCUCUCUCUCUCUCUCUCUCUCUCUCUCUCUGUCUCUGUCUCUCUCCCCAGUACAGUGGAUCAAUAGUUCUGUUAGCUAAAGUUUCUACAGCAUUGUUUGUUAUUUAUGGUACAUUGCUGUUGCCAUAGGACUCCUCUCUAUCUGUCUAUACUGUCAUUGUAUUAGAUUGCUGUGUGUAUUGAAUGUUUGUGCUGAUAUGUUUCUCCUGUCAGAGAACUGUCAGAUCCUCCACCUCCAUACUGUCUAAUCCUCUCAGUAAUACAUUAGAAGAUAAAAGGAUGAGGGGCUGAGAAAUCAAAGAAUCAUCCAUGAAUACUCAGUGUCAAGCAGCCUGGCACUUCCAGCUAUACACACACACACACACACACACACACACACACACAAACAUACAGUACAGCAUUAUCCCAGUAAUCUGAGCUGGAGGGGCAGCUGUGCUGUGGGUAGAGGGGUUUGUUUCAGGGCUGAUUUGUUUGUUUGGGCCCUGGCACACAGAUGAGCAGUAAUCAGUGGAAUUAGCAAACAGGAUUGUGUUAGCCAUGACGCUGAUCAGGCUGCUAGGCUUCCUCCCCCACAGGCCCAUGCACAGCCCCGGACCUCAACAACUCAAUCCCACUGCACCUCACCACAAUAUGGGCCAGGCUAACACAGCACACAGGGAGACCCAUUGUCAAACAGCCUCCAGAAGCAGCCUUUUUGACAGUGGACUGAUUUUGAGAUGCGAUGCAAUGGAUAAUUUAACUGUAUUAAUAUUAAAUGGAAGAGCGGUGUUGUGGUGUGUGGUCUUGCCAGCUUUUGAAUUGGUACAACUGUAUCUGUUUGGAUCUGGUAUUAGUGUCUUCCUCUUCUUUCAUGUCUUUUCCUUUCCCAUGUGUGAAAGGUUAGCAUUGACUUCCCCUUAAUGAAGCUUUAGAUUGUGCUGCUGGCACACUCCCCUCUCCCUAAGGCCCGUGCUCAGGGAGGACGACAUUCAUUUCACUUGAUUAAGCUAUAAUUUCCCUGAAAUGGCUUUGGCUCCGUGUUCUGAAUGUCCCCUUUCUCUACCCAAGGCUAGUGUUGAUUCUGCGUCUUUAUAGAUCCUGUGUACUGACUCUCUCUCACUCUCCCCCUCCCCCUCUCACCCCUCCGCAGGCUUGGUGGUGCGAGAGGCCAGUAUUGAGAUCACAAGGCAGCAGGUGGAGGAACUGUUUGGGCCAGAGGACUUCUGGUGUCAGUGUGUAGCCUGGAGCUCUGCAGGGACCACCAAGAGCCGCAAGGCCCACGUCCGCAUCGCCUGUGAGUACCCUUCAACCCUUCACCCAUAUCCCCUUUUGUAACCCUUCAACCCUGUCCCCAUACCGGGACCUAUUCCUGUCCCCAUCCCUGUCCCUGUCCCCAUCCCUUGUCUUAACAGUCAAAGAAGCCACCAGUCACUGAGAGUUCAGAUACAUUCUCAUAUACUUUAUCUGAUGAUGUGUACAAGAGACAGUUUGACAGGCAGUCAAGAAAGGGCUCUCACAACGAAUGGCCCUUUAAAACAACCCAUAGACUCCAGUCACAUUCUGUAUAAAUUGAGAGAAACAGAGGCCGGGAGGGUUGUAUACACAAAGUAGAAAGGAUCAAAUACAUGUUUAUGCCAACGUUUCCGUUUAUUUGUUGGUGGUCCUCAAAUGCCCUUUUCUUAUGUUAGUAUUUCGACUGGCAAGUAUACCAAAUAUAAACAUGUUUUCCAGUAACAACACAUAUAUUUUUUCACUCGUGCUUAAAUCAUUUUAAUGUCACCCAGAGGACGUGCCAAUCAAAACAUGAAGGGAAGUGGAAACUCUAAGGGAGAGAAAACUGAGUAGCUUUAUGUCUUUCGGUUGUUGAGUGAUCACUACUUUUUACAGAUCUUUUUCCACUUUAUCUUCUCUGAGCCACAGGUCUUCAAUGUUAAGAACCAUAUGCAUUUCUGACUUCAGCCUAUGUUGUGUCCAGUCUUUCUUUUUUUUCAAUAGAGUGACAGAGGUCUCUCGGAUACCACCCUGGUCUCAUAGACUAGAUGGAUCAUAGUAAAUGUAAAUCCAAGACUCUCAAAUUAGUAUGAUAUGUUACAUUUGGGUAUGGUUACAUAAGUCAGAAGGUUAAUUAAGGCAAAAACGAAAGGAGGAAGGUUGAGGUGGAUGGGUAGGCAUAUAACGUGAAUGUCUACCAACCCAAAUGCUGCGUGUUCGAAUCUCAUCACGGACAACUUUAGCAUUUUAGCUAAUUAGCAACUUUGCAACUACUUAGCAUGUUACUAACCUUUCCCCUAACCUUAACCCUUUAACCUAACUCCUAACCCUAACCCUAACCUUAACCCCAACCUUAACCCCUAACCUUAACCACUAGCCUAGCCAAUGUUAGCCACCUAGCUAACGGUAGUGUUAGCUACCUAGCUAACAUUAGCAACAACAAAUUGAAAUUCGCAACUGAUGAUACGUAUUGCAAAUUCGUAACAUAAUGUACGAAUUGCAAUUCGUAACAUAUCAUGCGAAUUGUAAUUCAUAACAAAAUGGGUGAUGGACAUACACAAAUUAAUGCAUACUAUACGAAACGUAACAUAUCAUACUAAAUGGAGGGAGACAGAUUUACAUUUACUAUGUUAGGAUUAACCCUGAGUCCAGGUUGGGGACACUUAUUGCUGCAAUGUCCUCCCUCUGUAUGUAGUAAAUACGUAAAUCCAUUGUGAUGGGUGUCAGAGGGCCCUCAACUAAGGGUCACUUCUCUAUUGGCCGUUCAGGGACCCUGUCAGGAUGACACACUACUAGGUCUCUGAGAAAGAGCUGAGCUUGUACCUCUGUUAGUACUCAUCAGUUAACACUGGCUAUACAGUCCUACUACAGUCACAAGCCUGGGCCCAUUGCACAUAUCUUCACCAAGGCCAGUUCAGUUGCUCUCAUCUUACCAGCUCUGUCUUCCACCUUACUUUAGCCGUAGGCUACCUGUGUUGGAAUGCCAUGCCAGGCCAGCCACUGACUAAUGCAGUCUCCCCACAGAGUUCCCCCGCUGCUCCACCUCUACCUCUACCUCUACCUCCACCUCCACAUCAUCAGCUGUUCCACCUCCACCUCUACUUCCACCUUCAGCUCCACCCAGGGGCGGACUUAGUGAUUUGGAGGCCCCAGGCAGAGGCCAGUCUGAGUUUCUACCAAGCUAGCCAAUUUGACAACCAGGCUUCCCUAAUACGGAUAAGCCUGGGGAAGUUCAUGGCAGAGAAAUAGCUAAAUAGGGGUGGUGACCCGAUGUAAAUCAGUGACGCCUCGCUACACGUCAAACCAAUCAAAUGCCUUUCUUGGGCAGAGCACCAACAGUGCUCACUAGAUUAGUGUCGCAGGUGCAACAGUGCACCUACAUAUAUUUUUACCAAGGAAUUACCUGCAUACAUACCUUUUACGUGCAAAUUCCCCAUUCACUUCUAUAAAUGUUUUGGCCCGGUACCGGGUUACCUUCAGACGAGACCCGUAGAGCAAAAUGGAGAACACCAUCAUAUUUCCAUAGAGGGGUCAUAUUAAUUUUGUUGGCCAAACCGUUUGGACGCUACAGGCGUUUUAGUGAGAAGAACCAUUUUCAAGAUGUCUCCUGGUCUGACAAACACCACUGUAGCUCUGCCAUCAGCAGAUGCGGUGGAUUGAGCCCAUGCAAACAGAUAUCUCUAGCUUAAACAGAGAGAAUUUGAUGGCUAUUUUUUUAUUUUGCCUCGAACGAAGCAUGGGAGGGCUUCAAGCUGAUAAAUUAUUGUUUUAAAAAAUGUUUUAUGCCCAGCUCAUGAGGCCCCUUGAUGAUGUGAGGCCUGAGGCAAUUGCCUCUUCUGCCUAAUGGUAAGUCCGCCAGUGCCUCCACCUCCACAUAAUCAGCCAUCAUCAGCAGCCUGCCAGGGCUAACCUUUCCCUCAAAUCAGAAUGGAUCCCCUUUCCUCUACUAUCAGAAUGGAUCCCUCUUGCCCCCCUAUUAGAUUGUCCUGAAUGGAUUAUUGUAGCUCCUCUCUCUCCUGGGCUUCCUGGCAGACCCAGGCCACCUCAUAGACAGCCACGGUCCCUCUGGAGACUAAUGGAAACUCUGGUAGGUCCCCCCCUUGUCCGCCUCCCACAAACAGAUGGUUUAAUCAGGGGCUAAGUAACACUCAGGGCUGAUAAAUUCAGGUGGUGGUUGGGUGGUGGUGGUGGUGGGGGGGGGGGGGGGCAUACAGUGAUCAAUGUUAACACUAUGAGACGAGUGGCAUCUUAAAGGCUGUGCACUCUGGACCCGGGGGAUUAUUUUCCCCCCACUGUGAUUUGUUGUGCGUUUGGGUGUGUGUUAUUGUGAGUUAUUGCAGCCCAUGUUUCCCUUCUGCCACGAUGACAUGGACUCUCAUUGGCCAGUGAUUUAUCUGACUCCACCUCCCUCUCCAUGGUUACCUUUGACCUGACGUACAGGUCGGGGGAUGCCUAUAGUUCUAUCUUAAUGAUCACUAGUGUUUCUUUGAAAUGGGUAAAAAGCAACAAAAAAUGUCCUUCAAUUGACCUAGGGAAAUAAACCCGUUAUACUGAACCUAGAAGCUGAAAUUGUAUGUGUUUGUGGCGUUGUUAUUUUUCACAAAACUAGUAAAGCUCACAUUCAUCUAAUUAAGUUUCACCUUGGUAAUUCUCCCUGGGCGCCAGUCCUCAAGUUUACAUCUGCAUCAGGGUUUAUUGGUUUAUUAAGUGAGGGAGAGAAUGCGUUGAAAUGAAACCCAUAACUGUGAGACUUCUGUAAUUUAGCAUGACAAGUAGCCAAACACCAUGCACUUAGCGUAAUGGCAGUCAAAUGCGGUGGUAGCUGGGGCCUGUAGGGAGGCCUGGGGAGGCAUAGAUAUUUCUGUGGUGUAACAGGGAAUGGUGCGACUCCCACAGGAAUGUCUACUCAGCCUUAUACCCUGCUGCGCACCCAGCUCCACAUCGCCUGAGCCUGGGAGAGGGGGAGAACAGAGAGUAAGGAGACAUGGUUCAAAAAUAUAGCUCAGGAGCUAUUCAUUUCACUCUCUGUUCCUCCAUUUCUCUCUCACACACUUUUUCUCUCUCUCUGAUAAAGAAAGCAUACUGCCGUAAUUCCCCAAAGCUACAUCUGAAUACGUUCCACUCAAGAUUAUAUGCGCUAUCCAAUCUAUUAAUUUCAUACUUGAUCUUUACGGAAAUUGCUUUCAAUGCAAACUUUUAUGGAUAUCCCCCUAAAGACAGACAUAAGGUUGAAAUGGAACUUCAAUUCUCCUAGUAUUUCUAUUUCAGGGCUAUUUGGUCUCUGGUGCUGAUAUGGCUGUUAUGUUGUACAGCAGGGUUUUGGCUAAAGUCUGGUGGUGAUGUAUUUUGUUAUGAGAACAUCUCAGAGUUAAGCUCUUCUCUUCCAGCAGGGGAUAUGGAGCAGUGCGAUGAUCAAUGAAAUGUUUCUAUUCCAGUUGGACUUCUCUCUCUGUUGAUAUUCCUCUAACAGACAGGAGAUCAUGAAACCAACUGAAGUCCAGCUUUGGGAAGAGGCAUUCGGACUCAAUAUCAAAUGGGUGGACAGACUGUCUGUAUUGUAGGGACUGGAGAGAUAAUGAACAUUUAUAACCUGAAAUCCCAGAGCAGGCUUGCUACUGAGUGACUCACAGAGUUAUAUUUAUGUAAUGGAAUUGAGACUUCUUCUGUAAUAGUUCCAAAUGUCUCCCGGACAGUCUUACAACAUGGAGAAUGACUGGAGAGUUGUUAAAUGCUCAUCCUCCUAUGUAUUCAAACUCUGCCAAUGGCUGUACUAUUGUAUUGGCAUUUCAAAGGCUUUCUGAGUGAGCUGGAGAGUCUUCUCUUGACAUUCCUUUCUCCUUCAGUGUGCAGUCUGAAGGUAUGCUGCACAACACCACAACUCUUUAAUAGCAUUGGUUUAAAUCCUCUCUCUCUCGCUCUCUCUUUGCCUGCAUCUUUCUUUCUCUCUCUCUCUCGCUUCCUCCCUCUCUAUCCCCCCUUCCCCCCCCCCCCUCUCUCUCUCUCUGUCUCUCUCACUAUCUCUCUCUCUCUCUCUGCCCUCUCUCUCUCUAUCUCUCUCUGCCCUCUCUCUCUCUCUCUCUCUCUCUGCCCUCUCUCUCUCUAUCUCUCUCUGCCCUCUCUCUCUCUAUCUCUCUCUGCCCUCUCUCCAUCCUUCCUUCUCUCUCUAUGUCAGCAGCAGAUUCAGACAUGCCAGUGGGGAGCAGUCACAUAGUGUGGAUGUGGGCAUCAAAUCCACUCUUUUCCACUUUGUGGUUUCUAGUUUACUCAAAUUACAAUGUUGAUGAGGAGGCCAUUUCAGAACCAGCUGGGAGGAACAUUUUGUGGUACAUCCAUAAAAUACCUUUCACUAUCCAUCUGUCGAUGCUUAAAUUUUUUUUAAAUCUGCGUGUCAGCAGAUCUCCUUUCUUUCAGAAUCCAAAAACAAAAUGCUAAAGCCAUUUAAAACCAUAAAUCGACAAUUUACAUUUGCACAAGAUGUCUGUAACAGCCCUAUGCUAUGUCAUUCCAGAAUCUGUCUACAAAAGUUGGUGGAACCCUUAACGACCCCAACGGGUGGUUUCCAUGGAUGCUGAGAGUAGAAAUUGAUAUUCGUGAGUUCUGACCCAAAGAAAUUAGGAAGCUCUCUCUCACGACAUCACGACCACAUCGGCUAUCCUUGUCUCUCUGUCUAUGACUUUCUGAAGGGGAAUAUUCGGUUGUAAAUCUGUCAAUUUACAGUCCCUGUUAUUUCCAGGACCCGCUAUGUCUGUCCAUCACUAGCUCACUGAUGGCAUGCUCAUCUGGCCCUACAGCAGAAAUACCUGAAUAUCUGAAGUGAACCAUUUCAUUUACACUAUUCAGAAACUGACAAUAAGAGAGUUUGAUCUAGAACUCCAUUCACCAUACACAAAUAUACAGUACUAUACCGUAUGUGAUUGUGUAUGCUAUUCUUCUCUCUUGGUUGUCCUCUGAGGGUGGCUUAGGGGUUCAAACUCCACAGGCAAGUUCAUGGAAACCCUUGACUCAGUGUACUUAUAGAGCAGAUAUGAUUUGCAGCUUGGCUUACCUUUCAGCUCUGGGCUUCCAUUGCUUUGUAAGCAGGGCUGGUCCAUGCUUGGUUUAACAGUGAAAGUCAGAGUUGGCUUCAUGUCAGCUCCUCCAGCCCAUUCUCAGGGAUUACACACUGUGGCAGGGAGUUACUCGUGUGUGUGUGUGUGCGUGUGUGUGUGUGUGUGUGCGUGUGCGUGCUCUUUGACACUAUGGACUAAAACUUGGUGUCAAAAAAUGUUUCUCUCCGAGCUGCCUGAACAUUUACAUUCACACACAGUACUCAACAAAAUGUUUACAGAUUGAAAGAAAAAUAAACCCUACAACAUUAACUCAAGCAUGUUUUUUUUUGCUAAACAGGAACAAUGUUAUUCUAGACUAUUCAUUAAAUGUGGUUACUGGGUUUGAUUAAAUGGGCUCCUGUGUCAGGGAGUUAGUGUGAUAAGCAGAACAGGGACAUUGCAGGCUGUUGAAAGUGCUGUCACUGGAGUUUGGGUGUACGAGUGUGUACUUACUACUCCACUGAGUCUGUUCUCUAGCAAUUGUAGUGCUGCAGAUCCCUCCCCCCUUCCUCCUCUUACACAAUCUCCCUCUUGCCCAGUCUCUCUCUCUCUCUCUCUCUCUCUCUCUCUCUUUCUCUCUCUCCCUCUCCCUCUCUCUCUCUCUCUCUCUCUCUCUCCCUUCUCCUCAUUUCCCUCUCUCUCCUCUCGUCUCUAUAUUAUUUCUGCUGCUCCUCUGUUAGCCCGUGUCCCAGCAGGUGAUGAUAUAUAUCUUAUGAGCUUUGGGUUCCAGUGUAGCAUGACGCUCACCUUAAUCCUCCCCCCUCCACAACUCCCCCCUCCGCCCCGACCGUCCCGUCCUGCCCUACUCCAUCAGGCUCACACACUGGAGAAAUAUUGGCUUUUUAUUAGAGGAGGGAGAGUGAUCCCUCUCUCAGCAGCUCCCCGCCGUCCACCUCCGAUUCUUCAGGCUCUCUGUGGAAUGAGAGGACAGAGAGAAAGAGAAGUCUAGCUUUGUUUCUCACGGAGACUGCUCUAUUGGCCCUAUGCAGUACUGUAUUUGCUAGCUGUGAGAACGACAGUCUACAACCUUCUAAGCCUUUUUUUAAUCAAAAGACAUCAGUGAUAUAAUUCAGCAUCCCCCCAUCCUCAUUAUUACAUACAUCAUGUGUAGAACGUGAGGGAUAUGUUACAUAAUGUUUAUUUAUGGUUUGUUGAAUUUUUUUUCUCCAGAUCUCAGGAAGACAUUUGACCAGGAGCCUCUGGGAAAGGAAGUGUCUCUAGAACAGGAAGUGCUUCUUCAGUGCCGCCCACCAGAAGGGAUCCCUGCUGCUGAG